AUGACCCACACAUCCUUCACUCUGCAACAGAACAUUUAUAAGGCCAAACAUGGGCCCAUCACCAUUGAAGACGUUGACGAGAAAAAUAUCUCUUCUCUAGCCUUGCAGGGUAUUAUCAACUCAGCUUCAGACGCCUCCGUUGGUGUGGCAGCCGCAUAUCACCCGGACUGUUCUCUUUCCUCUUUGGCAUUUGCGACCCUCACUAGAGUGUUCAUCGUCCACUUCUCCGCUGCGAAUAAACAGGAUCCGCAGCAGGAGCAGAAGAAGAAGAAGAAGGGCCAGGAACAACUGCCUCCUGCUUCCCGAGGACGCAUCCUCAUACAAGACCAAAUUCUGUGCAACAUCGGCAUCAAACUCUAUGGGUAUAGGAUAGACAGAAUCGCACUUGCUCUCUUCCGAGACUUCUCGCUUCAUAUAAAUGGCGCAAUUGACAUCCUGUCGGCAUCUACCACUGAUGAUCGGCGCUCCCUCCAGGCAAUUAUGAACGCCUUGGGUGGCGAGGGCUUACUCCAUAAGGACAACGUGGAAACCCUGUUCGCUCACAGAGAGGGUAGCGCAAAAUCCAAGGAUGUGGCACUCCAGGCUUGGGUAGCAUGUCGUGCUUCCACAUUUGAUGCCAUGGCGCUUAAAUUUGCUGCCAUAUCUCAAAUCGACACAAACACAAUCCCGGAUAUACAUCUGAGCGCGCUGGCCAAAAUUUCUCGUGAUGCUGAAAUUAUGGAUUCUUUGAAGCCAACACAAGUCGUCAACAAUGUCAAUGCAGACCUCAGCUUCAAGAAGGGCAGUAUCAAACUCGAGUGCACUCGCUUCAGUACACGUAUUAUGAAGUCUGAAUCUCAAGUCAUCCACAUCGAAACGCUCAAUGGAAAGACGAUCACUGGUCGCGUAAGGCGAAUUAAUGGAAAACAGGCUCAUAUUAAGGUCCAAGGCGUUUCAAACGCUCCGGGAAAGGUCCUCUCUGUGACCACUUUCGGGAGAGCAGACUUGACGGCCGCUGAAUCAGUCAGAGAAGAUGUAGUACUGAGAACGCUUCAAGGCAACAUCACAUUGACUAAACAUCCAUUCUUCCGCAGCAUCUGGGCACCAUCAUUAAAUGUCUCAUGGCCGCCCCUGUGUACUUCCACCGCGUCGUCUGUCUACUAUCCUAACGGCCUAUUGAACUACUCGCAGUAUUGUGCAGUGGAGCGAAUUAUUUCGCAAGCGGACAGUGAUCGUCUAUUACUUAUCCAAGGUCCUCCUGGCACUGGAAAAACAACAGUCAUAGCGGCUAGUGUCAACAGUAUGAUCAACACCGGCCCUAAGGAGCGUACAGUUUGGCUUGUGGCGCAUUCCAACGUUGCUGUCAAGAAUAUCGCAGAAAAGCUCGAUAAAGUUGGCUUCCGUAAUUUCAAGCUUCUUGUAUCCAAAGAUUUCCAUUAUGACUGGCACGAACACCUCUACGAGAGACUGGAACAUUGUUUUAUACGAUCUGACUCGUUUGGCGGCGGGCCUGUGGCUGUUAGCCGACGUUUGCUCAACAAACACACAAACGAACACACGAGAGUCAUACUUUGCACAUUAAGUAUGCUGUCCAAUCCUCAUAUUGAAGAAUUUACUCGUCAAGUUCCGGUUCAAACGGUAAUAAUCGACGAGGCGAGUCAAAUCGAAGUGGGAGACUACCUGCCGCUGCUUCGGCGUUUCCAACGCAGCCUCCAAAAAAUGGUGUUCAUCGGUGACGACAAGCAACACCGCAUGCCACUUGUCAUUGGCAGCUUCAUUUCCCGUCAUGUAUACACUCAUCAACUUUUGAUGACGGUGCACGAUAUCACUAGCAAUAAUGCAUGUCAUUUCCUAGAUGUCAAAAAGGGCCAGCAGCAGAAAUCGGGAAAGAGCUGGAUAAACCAACAAGAGUUAUACGUGGUUAUCAAGCUCGCCCGUAUAUACAACAACCAGGGCAAGCAGUACAGAAUCCUCACCCCAUAUGAUGGUCAGAGGUCUGCGAUCGAAGGGCAACUUAAAUCAGCGGAGCUUCCAUGGGAGGACAAAUGCUUCAACGUGGACUCCUUCCAAGGAAAUGAGGAAGACCACAUAAUCAUCUCUCUCGUCCGUACCCAGGGUGUAGGGUUCUUGAAGAACUCGCGCAGGACGAACGUCAUGCUGACACGAUGCAAGAAAAGCAUGAUCAUUUGCACGAACCGUGAUUUCGUGACGAAGGGUGAAGCAGCAGGCACGCUAGUCGGGAAGCUUGCUCUUACCAUGGGCCCCGAUUCUUGGUUGGACAGUCCUGAUAGAGUCAAUAAAACAUAGGGUAACUUGGACUAUUUGCAUCAUACUUCUCAGUUGAGUUUUGGGACUUUCUUGUCGCAUAUUGCACUGUAGUUUGUAUUAUAUGCUAUAUAAGGCAGGGCCCACGUAUCCUAUCAUGAUAUUAUUGAGCCACAUGAGAACUUGUACUUGGUGCGUACAUCGAAACCACCAGGAGGCCACCUCGGCGUCAAGGUCGAACCUGAGUGCUGACCGCCCAA